CCUGUGUCUCCACCCCUAGGAGGGUCUCCACUGAACUGCAGGGGGUGAAGGAGCUGAGGGCAUUGAGGGAAGCCAAGGAACAACGAGGCGCCAAAGUGGAGGAGCUGGAGAGGAGCUUGAUGGCAGUGACCCCAGCCCUGGAGCCCCCAGCUGAGCCCUCGGAGGAAGUUCAGAUGAAGAGGGAGCUCAAAGAAUUGAGGCGGCAGUUGGCCCAGAUGCAGGACAGUGUCCUAAGGCUGGCAGAAGAAAACCACCAGCUGGCCAGCGCGCUGCAGUCAGAGCAGCUUGAGAAGAAGGCGCUGGCCAGGAAGCUGCGCGAGCUGCAGGAGAAGCUGUGUGAAAUCACAGCAUUGAUGGCGCUGAAGAGCCAGGAGGCCCAGCACCUGCAGCAGCAGGGGGACCAGCUGCUGUCCCAGGUGUGGCAGCAUGCUGAGUCCUGGCAGCAGUUGGCCACGGAGAAGGAGGCCCUGUGUAGGCGCAUUCUUCUGCACAGAAACCUGGCAAUGCAGCUCCAACAUACAGAACAGGAAAAAAUGGUGGCCCUGGACAGGAUCCGCCGCCAGGAGAUGCAGGAGGACCUGAAAGCCUCCAGGCUGCAGGAGGAGCAGGCAGCCCCGCUGAGAGUCCUGGCCCUGGCUGGGGCAGGGGACAUGGAGCAAAGGCCUGUGGAGGCUCCGGGGUCCAACACCACCAUCCCCGAAGACUCAGGCAGCUCAGAGGCCUUGGGUCACUGCUGUGGAAGGGCUGUGGAGAAAGCAGUGCCUCAGACCUGUCCUCCGAAGACAGGGCUUGACCAUUCGAUUGGAAAUCUGGAGGCCCAGAGCCUGGUGGAGGUCUGCAUGGUGAGGACCGCACGGGCAGGCAUGCCCCCCCACCCCACGGAGGCCUUCCUGGACAGCUGCUCCAUCUGUGAAGGCUCCUUCCCAGACCCCUCCAGGGCUUGCAUUUCCUUCCUGCGGGAGGGGAUGCUGAGAAGGUCCGUGUCAUCUGCCCUUGACGCCUUACUAGAGCUGCAUGCCCCGGGAAGUUCAGCAGACGAACUUCUCCUGGACCCACAGGAGCACACUGAGCCCAGGGAGGCAGAGCCCCAAGUGAGGAGGACUGGGCCAAAGAGCUGGACAUGGUGGCACAGACCUAUGAAGGCUGAGUCAAGACGAUGACUAUGAAUUCAGGGCCAGCCUGGGCUACAAGGUGAUUAAUGCACAGCUAAUAUGAAUAAAGCUGCUCAGGAGAAGGAGGUCUCUGCCAGUUUGAGAGAACUUCAUCCAUACCUUUUAAAAAGGAAUUGGGGGCUGUAUUAGAGGUGUACCUGGCUGGAGUGAGGAGGCGGUGUGGGCUUCAUGGAGUCAUUCAGGGGUGCACACUGCCUGAGCGCAUGAUCCUUCACACAUGAACCCAAGCAACCCAGGAAAGAGUGCACUCUGAACAUCAGGGCACACAGCACUGCCUUGGGACAUGAGGCGCUUUUGGCGUCUGGGGUGGAUUCCUGCCCAGCCAGGAAAAAUUACAGCUUUCCCCUAUUUCGAUCCCGGAUCAG